UUGUAUUGUGGACAUUUAACCAUAAUAAUAUAACCUAAAAUUAUUGUUCAAUUAUAAGAAAUUUUCUAAAUUAUUAAUUACGAACUGAUUUCUGCAUCACUUAGCUAACCACAGAAAUUUCAGCCAUUAUUCUGAGCUUUCAGCCAAACAAAAACAACCAGUGAUAUGUAUUUUUUAAAAUGUUUGUUUUAGCCGAAAUGAAAGAUGUCAUUCGUGUUACUCCAGAGCAUUUUCAUCAAAGUUUAACGGAAUCUAUCACAAUAUUACUUAACCGAAAAUUAGCUAAUAAGGUGGUAUUAAAUGUUGGUCUAUGCAUAGCUCUUUUUGAUAUUACUCAUAUUGGCCACUCCUAUAUAUUCCCAGGCGAUGGUUCAUCUCACACAGAAGUAAAAUUUAGAUAUAUUGUAUUUCGCCCUGUGGUUGAAGAAAUUCUCGUAGGCAAAAUUAGAAGUUGUAGUAGAGAAGGAGUUCAUGUUACAUUAGGCUUUUUUGAUGAUAUUUUAAUACCAGUCAAUGCUUUACAACACCCAUCUAGAUUUGAUGAAAAUGACCAGGCUUGGGUGUGGGAGUACCCUAAAGAUGAUGAAAAGCAUGACUUAUUUAUGGAUUCAGGAGAAAAUAUAAGAUUUAGAGUAACAAGUGAGGCAUUUGAGGAAAGUUUGCCUAUGGGACCUCCAGGAACUGAACAUGCAGUGCAAACUGUUGCUCCUUAUAAAUUAAUUGGUGGAAUUAAUGAGCCUGGACUAGGGCUUCUGACUUGGUGGGAAGCACCGGAACAGGAUGAUGGUGAUGACAAUGAUGAUGAACAAGAAAAUGAUGAAUAAAAUGU